AUGGCAAACAUGGGGUAUGCCGCCGCCCCGGGACUCGGCUCGCUAUCGUAUCCGCAACUUGGUUUAGCUGCCGUACUUGACGGGAUAGAAAACGGCAAAGAUAGACACCAUGUGGUGGCUCAUUCUGUGGUCCUUCAAUUUUUUGUCACGCGCAUAAGUGCAAAUAUGCAAUCGAGUGCAGUUCGCUUGAAAUCCACGAGUAGGAACGGGCGUGGGAACGGCCGACCAGAUCUAAUCAAUCUCGCGCGUGUGGAAGGCAUUACUGCUGGACAAUGGUUUGGUAGAAUUAGGCAUCCCGUAGGCCCUACACAACGGGAUCUGUUCGGCUGUUUCUUGAUCGGGUGA